AGAAGAAUAUUCAUACAAAUUUGAAAAAAUAAAUAUAUGGAAAUUUAGCAAGAUCGUUUAGUUGCUGUUUUAUUGGGCAAAUUGUGUUGAAAAGAGAAUUUAUUUUAAUAGACAUUGACCGAAAGAUCUCAUUUCUUCUUUUGCAAACAUAAGAAAAUGGUUCAGGAAAUAAUCAUUUUUAUUCUGGUGUUAUUUUGCGCUGUUGAUUACAAAGUGCAUGCUGCCGAGUGUUCGUUUUAUUCCGGGUCCGUCUCCUACGUCCGUCAAUGUUCAACCGGAUGUUGUGAAUCAGCGUGCUGUACGGACAAUUUUGAAACGUUGGCCAUCAUUCUCGGCACGGUGUUUGGAUGUGUGCUCUUCCUUAUCGGAUUAAUCAUUUUGCUGAUUUGUUGCACAAAAGACCGAUGCUUCCAAAAAGUGAGCCCAAGAAAAGGUAUGAAAAAUACAGAUGAAUCGAAGCCUGUGCUGAUUGAAGCGGGAAAGUCCGAAGGAAAACGUUGGUCACAGACCACAUGUCACGGCAAAGCCGGGUAAAGAGGCCCAUUUAACGCUGGAUAUUCACUUGUUUGUUUAUCUUUUUAAUUCUAAUAUUUGCUUGUUUUACACUACCAUCUAAAUGUUCAUUUAAAUAUUAUGUACAUGUAAUUGAUAACAACAAAGAAUAAAUACUAGUGAAAAGUUUGAA